AUGGCCGCGCUUCGCGUCGCUUUCCGCACAUCGUCGUCUUGUAGGAAGUCUCACCUUCCUUCUUUCCCCUCCCCUCCCCCGCAGAUCAGCCAAGGCCGCGUCGAAAUCCCGCCGCACAUUGUCGCCGAGGCCAUGGCCGCGCUUCGCGGCAACAAGGGCGAGCCGGCGCUCGACGUGCGCUGGUCCGCGCCGAUUUCGGAAAACGAGAUGCGAUACGUCGAAGAUUACGUCAAAGCGCGUUACCCGGCGAUUUUCACGGAGUGCAUCGUGGGGCUUGGCUUCCCCAUGCCGUGCGUGUUAGAGGAGCCCGACGGCGGCGGGUAUCGCGGCGGGAACGGCGGCGGAUACGGCGGGGGGUUGUCCCCCAUGGCGGAACUUCUCGCGAUGGAUGACGAGGAGGGGGACGCGGAGGGGGAAGGGGGAUACGGCGGAAUGGGCGGACCGGGCGCGGUUUUCGGAAGGAGUAACAGCACCGUAAGCGCGGGGGGAAGCAGCAGCGGAACGGCCUCUCCGCAGUUCCGCGCACACAGCACCAGUCCCACGGCAGCGGGGGGAGGAAACGUGGUUCCGCUGAUGCGCGACUCGCUGCAGCAGCAGAAACAGCAGAUGGAGCAGCAGAUGCAGCAGCAGAAACAGCAGAUGGAGCAGCAGCGCAAGAUGAUGCAGCGCAACGGUCCCCCGCCCUCGUUCUCCGCGUCGUCCCCGUCGGAAAACAAGUCGCGGCUCUUCUCGCGCUUCGUCCCGUCGGGAACGGUCACUGCGACUCAGCCGGGGCGCGCGCUGCUGAAUCCGAGCAGACUGCGGGACAUCCUGGUGGAGAGCCGCGACGUGCUCGACCUCUCCAUGAGCGUGAGCGUGACAGAGCUGCACGCAAGGAGGCGCAUUCUGCAGCAGUGCGGCGUGGAGAGCGAGGAAUACCACAUCGUCUUCACGCCCUCGGUGCAGGAGGCCAUGGUGCUGGUCGCUGAGGCGUACCCCUUCCACCGCCACAACGUGUUCCUCACUGCCUUGGACCAGACCGACGACAGCAUCAGCAUGUUCGCCACACAUAAGGACUCCAAGGUGAUCCAGGCGCCCCUAUCAUGGCUCGACCUGCAGAAGCCCGGCAGCCAGCUCAGCACCAACUUCCGGCGCAAGAGCAAAGCCAACCCCAAGGGUCUUUUCGCCUACCCCAUGUGUGCAAACGGCCAAACGUUCUCCCUGCACUGGGUUCCAGGUAUGGCGGCGGCGGCGGCAGCAGUGUCGGAUUUACGAGUGCUGCUACUGGCAGAAAACGCGGGGAAAUUGGAGGAACUAGCGGAGAAUGCGGCGAGGAUGGGUCUGGUAGCAGAAGCGCAAGCGCUCACGCUGAAGCUGGAGCCAGCAACAGAUGAUCCGGAGGAGGGGUCGGAAACUGCUGACCAGGUUGCUGACAUCAUCGAUACCGCUGGCCCUGCAUCGCCUGCCGUUCCUUCCGCUCCUGUAAUAAAAGCAUCUCCUGCUGCAGCCGCCGCCGCCCCGCCCGCCACAUUUGUCGCGAUGCAGCGACGGUCCGCCACGAGCCGCGCUGUGCACAACGCGGCCCGGCGCGGCGACGUGGAGGAGCUUCGCGCGCUGCUGGCGGAAAAUCCGGAGCUGAUUAACGCGCGCUCGAGCCUGACGUGUCAAACCCCCCUGCACGAGGCGGCGGCGGAGGAUGCGGCGGAGGCAAUUCGUCUGCUCCUGUCGCUCGGACGACCGCCGUCAGUUGCGGGGAGUAGCGUCGCGGACGGGGAGACGAGAGAAGACGCAUCAGGCGCGGUUGCCGCGGAUGUCGAGGCGCGCAAUAUGUUCGGCGAGACGCCUCUGCACAUCGCCGCCAAGAUCGGCAGCGCCAGGAGCGUCAAGGCGUUGCUCAAGGGCGGCGCGGCCGUGAACGCCGCUGCUUCGAAUCGCGCCACUCCGCUCCAUCUCGCCGUCUGGGCGGCAGUCAACACUGCUGACGUGGCAGUCGACAGCAACGCGGGAGAGGAUCCGGCUGGCAAGGGCCAACCGAAGAUUCUGGAAGUGGUGGAGCUGCUGUUGAAACACGGUGCUGACGUGGCAGCGCAGGACAAGGACGGAAACUCCCCAUUGAGUCACAUUCAAUCAGGCACCUCUUCUGCUACAGGCACCAGCAACAACAGCAGCAUCCGCGCCUCCCUUCGGCGAAUCCUCGACCGCCACGUGGCACUCCACGCUCCCUCCCAGUCUCCGUCCCACUCCUCCCCCGCCUCCGCAUUCGCCGUCAUGCAAACGCUGGAAAACGAGUUAUCCUCGUUAAUAGGCCUCCCGCUACUGAAGCAGCAGCUGCGCGUGUGGGCGAAGGGGUUGGUCUUAGAUCAGAAGCGGCGGGAAUUGGGAAUCCGCGUGCAGCCGCGCAAACCUCCGCACAUGGCUUUCCUAGGUUCCCCGGGCACGGGGAAAACCACCGUUGCGCGCGCGCUUGCGCGGCUGUUGAAUCUAGUGGGUGUUUUACCCACGGAUAAGGUGGUUGAGGUUCAGAGGACAGAUUUGGUGGGCGAGUUUGUCGGGCACACGGGCCCGAAAACGCGGCGGAAAAUUCUGGAGGCGGCUGGGGGGAUUCUUUUUGUUGACGAGGCGUACCGGUUGGUGCCGCAGCAGCGGUCAGAUGAAAAAGAUUAUGGCGCGGAGGCAUUGGAAGAGAUCAUGUCGGUGAUGGACUCGGGCAGCGUUGUUGUGAUUUUCGCCGGCUAUGCUGAGCCGAUGAAGCGGGUCUUUGCAGUGAACGAAGGGUUUCAGCGGCGUGUGUCACGAGUAUUCGUGUUUGAUGAUCUCUCUCCACUCGACAUUGCGCAAGUCAUGCUGCUUAAAAUGAAGCAGGCGGCUGGGGAAGCUACUAACGGGGAUGAGAGUGAUGGUGACUGUUGCAUUCCAGCAUAA